GAUCUCUCGCAAUUCCAGCUCAUUUUUCUUGUCUCCCAAGACUUCAACGGAGGCCAACUAUCAACACUGAUGACCCGCCGCCGCUGCUGAAGCUCUGGUUAGCUAGCUAGUAUUCAACAACCUGCCGAAGCUUUCCAAGCUGAGAAGUCAUGAAAGUCACUGUCGCCGUUGGUAUUCUCAUCAAUCUGGUGUCUCCUGCUCGAGGCAGCUUUUUGCGUCUUCUUCAAAAGGCCGCCGAAGACAAUUGCGAAUAUGACUUGGUGAACUGCCAAGACACACUGGCCAUUUGCCUUGGUGAUGAUGAUGUGAUGGAGAGUGCCGGUGGCAUGGAUGAUGAUAAUAUCGCAGUGGAAGGGAGCCCUUCUUUUACGUUUGUUCGCCCUCCUCCUCCUGGUGACAACACUUGCGAAGGAACUGACCCAGACUUUGAAUCUAUUGCGUCUGGUCUUUGUCCCGUCAACGUCCACUGGCACCGUGGCACGGAGCAUUAUUCUUUGGGUCAAUACGAUGAAAAUGGAUCUGGUCCAACUCGUGAACUCGAUGAAGGUUUCCAUGGAUCUUACCCAGAAGAUGAGGCUCGUCUUGGCUACGAGUGCAGCCUCUACGAUGAAACCGACCCCAAGUUCACAACACCAUAUGACUGGCAAUACUGCACGAGCAUGACAGUUGGUGAAACCUAUGAAAUUCACUGGCCACAUUCCAGUGCUGGUGCUUGUGGCACCCUGAACCAGUACCAGACUCCAUUCCAGGAUGGUGUCUUUUGUAAAUCCGAUGAAAUUGAGCUUGACCCCCUUUCGCUCACCGUUGGCGUGCAGGCCCAAGUGUUUGUCAUUGUCAACGAUGAAACCUACUUCUAUCCUCAGAUGAUGCGUGGUAUGCUUGUUGAUGGCGAGAUGGGCAAAUAUGUCACCAAGUACACAGGUUCCACAACUGGCACAUCUUUCAACGACGAGAUUUGUUCCGCCUACACUCCCAUUACGUGGCAAGUAGACCGAAUGUGUCAUUUGAUUUCAGCAAGUUCUAUUGACAAGCUGUGCGCUGACAUGCUUAGUGAGAGAAAUGACAUGUCUGGAGACACCCAUCCUCAUGGAGCGCGUGAGUUGGUUCCUGACGAUUUGGCUGCAAACAACCAUCAAAACAGGGCCUUUCGAUACUAA